CACGGACACAAAGUGCUUCCUGACAGCCUUGCAGCCAGACAUCUCCUUGGCAUGGCUGUGACAGUAACGCAGCUUCCGUAGGGCUCCUCGCAGUCCCCAAAAGGCUGAGAAGUCUGCAAGGUCUUACACCAUGUCUCCUUCAGGUAGACCACAGCCCCUGAGCCUCCUGUUUCUUUUAGGGAUGGGGAUGGCAUCAGAGAGGAUCAACUGCCCGAGAAGUUGUAGCUGUCAGUACCUGGAAGUGAACUGCACAGGGCAGCAGUUGCAGGAGUUCCCUGAGGCCAUCCCGCUGGAUACCAGGAAGCUGAUUCUGGCAGCAAACAACGUCUCAUACCUGCCCACAGUGGAAUUGAGCUUCCUGGCUGACUUGGUCUAUCUGGACUGCAAGAAGAACCUCUUAGGGCAUGACCUGGAUUUCACUUUAAUUGGUGUGGCCAAACUUGUCUAUCUGGACCUCAGCUUCAACAGUCUCACACAGGUCACUUUCAGCACCUUCUCACACCUCCUCAGCCUGGUGGUACUGAAGAUCUCAGACAAUCCUAGCCUUGUGGCCAUUGAGAAGGAUGCUUUUGCCAACAACACCUGGCUGAGGCACCUGGAUGUGAGCCGGACAGGCUUAACAUUCCUAGACGCCAGCACUGUCCAAGACCUGCCCAACCUGAGGUUUCUGGGGCUCAGUAACAACCUGUGGCACUGCAACUGUUCCUUUCUGGACUUCAUCACUUGGAUGACAGAGAGCAACGUUCAUUUUCCAGAUGCUGACAAUGUUACCUGCUAUACCCCAGAAAGCUUGCAUGCCCUGAAAAUGCCUGCAGUGGAAGCACAGCUCCAUUUCAACUGUCUGACCCAGCUGUACAAGCAAGACUACAUCUUUCUGUGUCUCGCUGGCUUCUGCAUAUUCUUUGCCGGCACCGUGGCAGCCUGGCUGGCUGGCAUCUGUGCUGUCAUCUAUGAAGUCCACAUUUCAAAGGGAGAGGAGGAGGAGGAGGAAGAAGACACAGUCACUUAGGAUCACCCUACAAAUCCUUCUGAACUCAUGGGAACUGAAGGCAGGCCCUUCCUGCCUCCUUUCUCACAUAAUGUCCCACUUCAGUUGUUUUUUGGGUUUUUUGUUGUUUUUUUUUCCUGAAGUGAAAUAAAACUGCAAGAGGAGAAA